UCCGUCCAGCCGGUCAGCAGCGGUCAACAUGGCGGUUCUACGGCCCCUGCUUCUGCUCUCUCUGGCCCUGGGUCACGCUAGACGAGCGACAUCGCUCCAGGCGCUGACGCCGGCGGCUGGAUGCCGGCCGGACGAGCUGCCCUUCCGCUACUGCGGCAACCUCCUCUGCCAUAGCCUGACGCCGGCGCUGCCGUUCGCGGCCGCGCUGCGCACCUGCGCGCGCGCCGGCGGCCGGCUGGCCACCGUCUACAGCCAGGCGCACAACGACCAGCUGUACGGCAUGCUGACGCGUUCGGCGUACAUCGGGGCGGUGGCGCGGCAGCGCAUGGUACGCCACCCCCGCGGCGAACCGGCCGGCCCGGGAGUCAUCUGGGCCUGGCUGAGUGGCGAGCCGGCGCACUUCACCAACAUGCUGCCCAGCGAGACGCCUGGCUUCUACCGGCAGCCGGACGGCGGCGGGUUCGAGGGCUGUGUGGAGCUGAUGCGACACCGGGUGCUGCACGACGACCCCGGCAACGGCAAGUGGGGCGACACCGACUGCCGAAUUUCCAAGCCGGCCAUCUGCACGCGGAUGGUGCACGUGUCGCGCGAGCAGCCGUCCAAGACCCCACAACAGCGGCCUUCAAAUGCGCCGUUCAACUUCACCGCCAGUCACUCUCCACGAGCAACGUGUCCCGCCGGGUUCCGGCGGGCCAGCGUGGGCCGCGUGGGCGACGCGGCCGGCCGGCAGCGCUCGGCGUGCCUUAGCGAGCAGCAGCCGGAGGAUGAGACACCAGUGCCGCGCGCCGCCUGGACGGCCGGCGAGCCGCGCGACGAGACGCCGCUCGACUGCGCCGCGUUCGACGCGGCGCGCCGCGGCCUGUACGCCGCCGACGUCGCUGGCACCGGCUGCCGCCUCGACUGGGACGGCUGUGGCACUGACAGCUUCAACGGUAGGCCGAGGCGAGGUCCGCCCUGCCAGGCGCCGUUGUGUCCGGUCCUCUGCCCUGCCGGCACGACGCAGCUCGGCCUCGCCUGCUGGCACGUACACGAGCACGAGAUGACCUACGCGGAGGCAUGGACGUACUGUCAGAGCAAGGGCAUGAUAGCCGCCGCGGUGCUCAACCGCGAGGAAAACGCAUUUGUGCAUCGGCAGGCGGCGCGGCUCGGCCGGCCUUUCUGGGUGGUGGUGCUUCGCGGGCGGUUCACCAACUUCCACCGCUACGGGGCAUACGGGCUUCCGGACGAACCCAACGAGUCUCCGAACGCCUGCGCCAUCGUCUGGUUCGAUGGAAACAUUGUGCGGCUGCUGUAG